CAAACAUCUGCUGCUCGAAUUCUAAAUGCACUUGUAACCGAGCAGAUCAAACCGUAUGUAAAGCACUGAUCUACGACUACGGUUUUCCCAGUUUUCCCAUCGUGGUCCGCGUGGUCCAUAAGGAUAACCGUUAACAACAGACUCUCAUGGCGCCGUCGGAUUGCUCUCUGGCUUUUCCGGUUCUCCGAUAGAAUUUGGGGCUCACUCUCUCUCCUGCUGUUAGCGCCACGAAGACCCGACAUCGCAUCGUGCUCCUCCCAGGCUCGCUUACCUGGAAGUGCGGGGGAUACUUCAAUCGAACAGCCAGAACAACGAGAGAAAGUGAAAAUUUUCCGAUUCAGUCGAAGACUACCCUUGACGCGCUCGACACGCAAAUUCUGCCCGAAAGACAGCGGUCGUCACUCAACUGGUUGGAUAUUCUUUUUUUUUCUGCUCUGAUAGUGAAGUGAAAUUGAUGGUUUCAUCAGCCUUUUCUUCAACAGGAAGGGCAGUGAAGCAGUUUUAACGUUUUUUUCCAUUUCAUCGGUCACCAACCGUUGAUGAAGAAAGCUCACAGGAUAUCUUUCACCUUGGAAGUCGGGAAGCGUACGUGCUGUGCUGCUGUUGGUGUGUAUUACCGGUGUUGUCGUCGCGGAGCGGAGCUCGUAAACCACCUGUCGAUUGCAAUUAAAAGUGAUUUUCGUUGACGACGCGACGCUUCACAUUCCUGUUGGAUCCCGUUUCCAGUAGGCAGAGCGGCUACGGAGAAGGAAAUACAUUCUGCUCGAAAAAGUUUGAUAGUCUACGGAUCACUACACCGUAUUAAAGGAGUACGAAUGUGAUUGUAAGGAUUUAGAAGAACGUGACGGUAGGGGAAAACUACAUACCCUACUAGUCGCUCAGUUCGAAGAAACCAAUCGAGGGGGCUGAAACAGCAAUGGGAACAUGACCUUUGGGAAACCAUUUAACCAACUAGCUAACUAAUCUCAGAAGUCAGUGACAGCAUGGAGCUACAUUUCGGAGUGUAUUGAAAAGCAACAUUGUUGAAACGAAAAGUUUGCUUUCGUCUGUGAAACUCAGUGAAACCGUCUCUCAAUGCGAACGAGUGAAAUUUGGCUUACUAGUGAUAGCAAUUAUGGUAUAAAAAUGUCCAGUGGCAUUUUAACGACAGUCUGGGUACGUGUUUUAUCGUCUGGUUGGGUGUCACAGAAGAAGUGUAAUGUGAGAAGCUUCUUUGGUUCAUAUUAGCGAGUAGGUUGUUCGUGAAGCUAAACCAUCUACGCUAUUGUCGUGAAGUGAUUGAGAAGGGGAAAAGAAAGAAACCAUCGUUAAGAAGAAUAAGGUGAAUUUUACGGUCUUCAGUUAUUCCCAAAGUUACGUGAAUGAAAGCAUUUUGUGCAAUGGAUACAGGAGCUUGUAGGAUCUUCCGUGCCGAUUCUACUAACGGAUGACAACAAGAGCUGAAGUGAAAUCGUGUCGGGUUUCGUAAUUAAUUUUCGUCAAACGAGAUACGACGACCUGUUAGUACCUUUGGGAGCGUGAUUUAGAGUAUGCACAUGAUUCCUUGUGAGAACCGCAAAUGAUAUUCGUGUGAAUUUAAUCAUGCAUUAAAAACUCGUUGGUGUUCAUUUCACGGUAGAACGAUCUGCAAAUAUUCGGCGAAAGUUUGGUUGGAUGAUUUGGUAGCAUCGGCGUGUUUGCAUCAGUGGAUUACAGAACUCGUUAAAUUUUGAUUACGUGUGAACGUUUCUACGUUGGUGGAAAGCAUUGCUGCUAGAGGAGCUUACCGAUUGGAUUAUUUGUGACAGUGCCAGCACGAGAGACUAAGUCUCUGAACACGUUUCAAAUGCUCAGCCCAAAAAUGCAGCGGUCCGUUCGUGUCAACGAGCAUCAGCUGAUUAUGCUGUCCGAUCGGGCACAGUAUGAUCACUCGAUGCACGGACACUUACACAAACGGACGGCGGACAACAAUAAAUGGCAGAUGAGGUGGUUCGUUUUGUAUCAGAACCUGCUGUUCUACUACGAAUCGGAGCAAUCAAGCCGUCCCUCGGGAUUGAUCUUUCUGGAAGGAUGCUACUGCGAACGACUUGUUUCAGCCCCCUCAACACUUUCCGGUCCGCCCAUUGGCAGUGGUGGCGGACAGGGCUCCAAAGUCGUCAAGGAGGAAAAGUUACAGCACUGCUUCACUAUAUGCUACAGACGAGAAAAUCAACGACAGUACGAGCUGCGGGCCUCCACUGAAUCGGAAUGCUCAGCCUGGAUAAUUGCAAUUAGGGAAGCAAGCUUCAACAAACUACUACUGCAAAAGGAAGAGCUCGAGCAGAAGCACGUCCACCUGCUUCAGGUCGUUGAAAGCGAGAAAACAGCUAAAUGGCAGUACACUCAGCAAUGUGAAGAGCUUGCGUCUGAAAUACGAAAACUAAGAACCGAGAUUUGUGUGCUUCGCAAAGAGACCCGCUCCAGCUACUCGGCAACUCCGGUCGGCCGCGGUAGUUUCAGCAUACCGACCGAAAGCCACGACGAGCACUCAUCGCUGCCGGGUCUUUGCGCUUCCGUGCACGAUUCCAUCGAGCUGAGGAAGAUCAAAAAAGUGCAAAGCUUUUUUCGUGGUUGGCUCUGUCGCCGACGCUGGAAGCAAAUAGUCGAAGAGUACAUACGGUCACCCCACGCCGAAAGUAUGCGGAAGCGGAACCACUUGGUAUUCAGCAUGGUCGAAGCGGAAGAGGAAUACCUGGAACAGCUGGAGGUUCUCGUAGCGUGCUUCCUUCGUCCGUUCAAAAUGGCCGCCAGCUCGAAGCGCCCGCCAUGCUCCCAUGAAGACGUCAAUUCCAUCUUCCUCAACUCGGAAACGGUCCUGUUUCUGCAUCAGAUCUUCCUGAAGGGCCUCACAUCGCGUCUGGAGUCGUGGCCAACGUUGGUUCUUGGUGAUCUGUUCGAUAUGCUAUUGCCCAUGUUGAGCAUCUAUCAGGAGUAUGUACGCAAUCAUCACUACAGUCUACAGGUGCUGACCGAGUGCAAAAGCAAUCCCAACUUUGCCACCGUCUUGAAACGACUGGAAGCAAAGCCCACCUGCCAGGGGCGCAGUCUGGAAACUUUUCUUACAUAUCCGAUGCAUCAGAUUCCGAGGUACAUCAUCACCUUGCACGAGCUGCUAGCCCACACGCCGCACGACCACGUGGAGCGUAAGAGCUUGCAGAAUGCGCGCCAACAACUGGAGGACCUUUCGCGCCAAAUGCACGACGAGGUCUCGGAAACGGAAAAUCUGCGAAAGAAUCUAGCCGUAGAGCGCAUGAUCGUCGAGGGGUGCGACAUACUGCUCGAUGUCAAUCAGGUGUUUGUGCGACAGGGAAGUUUGGUACAAGUUCCACCGGGAAGGGGAAGGAUUCGGAGUCGUCUGGCUUCGUUCAAAAGCGAACGGGAUGCUGUUCGACAGUGCUUUCUCUUCUCGAAUCAUAUGAUUAUAGCAACGAGAACAUCCGGAGGACGACUGCACUUGUUACCGGAUGUGGGUAAAAUUCCGCUGGCGGAUGCUACCCUCAUCGAAGACCCCAGCGAAGUGCAACACGAGGACGAGGAUGCUUCGGUGUGUUCUGCCUCUACCAGGGGCAGUACCCUGAGUGUAACCGAAUCGGUGAACGCCGGAAAUCGGGAUUUCAAAAUCUUUGUGGAAACAAAAUCCGGAGCAAGGCACAGUAUACACCUUAUUGCGCCGACCAUUCAAGACAAGGAAGCCUGGAUCAGUGACAUAUCGCAGUGUUUGGACAAUAUUCAUAUGCACUCGUUACUGUCGCCAGGAAUCGGAGGUUCGUCUGGAGGAUCAAUCUUUGCAGGACAUCAAGCACUUCGAGCCGAUCCAAGGCUGUUCAAGGACGACGUAGACAUUCGGUUUUCACGAACGCUCAACUCAUGUAAAUUACCUCAGGUUCGUUAUGCGACCCCGGAACGACUACUGCAACGGUUGACUGACCUACGGUUCCUAUCGAUUGACUUUUUGAACACGUUCCUGCUCACCUACCGUGUGUUCACCGAUGGAGAAACGGUACUUAAUGCGUUGAAAAGUGUAUUCUAUGAUCCACCAGUGGAACCGACGUGUGACUGUGACCAUCAGACGGACUUUUUGGAGCUGCCCUACCAAGAUGGACGUGCGUCUCCGCGGAGAACAUCCGGAGCUAGUUCUGUUUCUGGGUACUGCUCGGAAGGUGCUGACCGGGACCGUUCAAUGAGCGGUGACUCAGUGGGACUACGAUUCCGAGGUUCUCGCCGUGGUUAUCCAAGUCAUCAAGGCUCGGAACAGGAAACCCUGUCAUGGAUUCCGGAACAGGUGGGCCCUGUCAUAGUGCAUGGCGCUCACCAUCACGAUAAUCCAGAAGAAAAGCAAAUCUCUCCAAAGUUAGAAUCGGGCCACAUGCAAAGUAAAUCACAGCACCAAAUCCACCCUCAACCACAGGAUGACUCCUAUCUAGCAAUACCGAAAACGAUGGCCGGCUCAAGCAGCUCCGACACGCUAACCGAAGCUGCAAUGAGUGGACCUUCGUCACCGUCCAAUCUAAGCAGUGUCACAUUGGUGGGAUCAACGGGGUCCGGCGGACAAGACAAAUCGGAAGCGCAAACACCCACGGAGGGCACGUUUAAAUAUGGCAAAGCUCCGACAGGUCCACUGCCAGAACGUGUUUAUCCAAAACAACGGAAAGAUAUUCCUCCAACAAUUUGUACGACGGACACUUCCAACACGAUACCACAACAUCAACAGCUUCCACCACAGCUACAGCAACAACAACAGCAGCAGCAGAUUAAAGUACCUCAAACGCCGCCAACAGUAACAACUACGCCAUGUCACAGUCCUUCCACUGUCCAGCAGCAACAGCAACAGCCGCAGCCAAUGCUAAUCACCAAAGACCAACAACCAACGACAGUAUGCCAAAAUGGACACGAAGGACCGAAAAUAAUAACUCAACCUUAUCUGAGCACAACAACCACAACAACGGUCACGAUAACGACAACAACUACCACAACGCCUGCCAAAAGUAUCUCGCCGCCUCAUCUUCUUCCGAUGGACCGAAGACCGAGCGUUGGACACAACAUUGCCAUUCCGCAUGCUGCCCUCUGUCAGCAUCGCCAUAGCUUACAGCUGAACGGGGACGGCAGCUUCUUCGGGAAGGGCAGUGAAAAGCUACAGCCACAAAUCAGCAGUCCACGUUUGACCGCACGGAAGUUCUCCGCUCCGAAAACGCCGGAGCGCCAACGGAAGAGUCUCUUCGGAACGCCACAACGGGAACGCGACUCGUCGAGUACGCGUCGGUUCUCGGAAAGUGACGACGACAUGGCCACCUCGAUCUUCACGACGCCCCGCGGUUCGGUGGGUGGCGUCUCGCUCAACACCCUCUCGUCCCGGGCGUCCAUGCAGCACGACCACGUUCCGCACUGUUCCAGCAAAGUGGGAGUCGUAAUCACUUCCUAUCGGCAAUCGCAACGCAGUAUGGGUCCUGACCCUUUAUGGAGUAGCACCUCAACGGCAGCAGCGGCUUUCGCAAUCGCUACCUCAGCUUCCAGCAACCCUAGGGACGAGCCCCCCGAAGUGGAAGCUAGGAACCGAAAAGAAUCCGUUGUCAGCUCCCCUGCUACGAUGCGCGUGCUGAACGUUCUGCGCCACUGGGUUUCCAAACACUUCCAGGACUUUGAGCAGGAUGCAACUCUACGCUCGCAGACGAUAGCCUUCCUGGACGACAUCACGUGCAGUCCGAACUUAUUGCCAACCGAGCAUCGAGCUGCAUCCCAACUGCUGAGGCUGCUGUGCCGCGAUGACAUCGAUAGUGGGAAACUCCAUCUGGAGUCGUUGCUGAUGCCACCGCAGACUCCGAGCAAGGAGAGCAUAGAGACUCUUUCGGCGUUGGAAAUAGCGGAACAAAUGACGUACCUGGAUCAUCAAAUAUUUCUGGCCAUUCGAAGCGAGGAAUUUCUCGGUCAAGCGUGGAUGAAAUCUGACAAGAAGUCACGUGCAGAACAUAUCAUUCUUAUGACGAAGCGAUUCAACGACGGUUCUCGACUGGUUUGCUCGGAGAUAGUUUCGAGGAGCAACAUGGCGGCGCGGGUAGCUGCCAUCGAGAAAUGGACCGCCGUAGCAGACAUUUGUCGUUGUUUGCAUAACUUUAACGGAGUGCUGCAAAUCUGUGCUGCCUUUACCAAUGCGGCUGUGUAUCGACUGAAGAAAACCUGGGACAAAGUGCCGAGAACAAUCAAAUCGACAAUCACAAAACUGCAGGCUGUGGUUUGCUCCGACGGAAGGUUUCGCGUGAUGCGAGAGGCACUGCAUCGUUGUGAUCCACCCUGCAUUCCGUACCUGGGCAUGUAUCUAACGGACCUCUCGUUCAUCGAGGAGGGAACGCCGGACUUUACACCGGACCGUUUGCUGAAUUUUUCCAAAAUGCGAAUGAUCGCACAUGUGAUACGGGAGAUUCGCCAUUUCCAACAGACGCCGUACAAAAUCGAUCACAUACCGAAAGUUACAUCCUACCUCCUGGAUACAUCGUUGCUGCUGGACGACGACGAAUUGUACCAAAAGUCGCUGCAGAUCGAACCGCGCAGUUCGCGUCUCAGUGCACCCAAUACGGCGAAUGUUUAAAUUUUACAAUAUUCUGCACCACUAGCAAAAACAGAAAAAGGGGGGAUGGAGGUGGACUUUGCUUUGUGCUUCCAAGCUUUAGACAUUGGACACUGAAUCCAUCCAGAAACGAGAGCAAACGAGAGAAAAAUGGACAAUGCAACAUGACAUAUUUAUUUUGAAGUGAAGUGAAUUUGAGUGACAAGUGGCUAGGCUGUUGUAAUAAAUGUUUGAAGUGGGUGGAAAUUUUGGAAGAGGGACCUUGGAGAGGAACAUCGUGUGGCAGCAUCAUCAAAUCAUCAAACAAAUGGAAAGCGUUCCCAAAGCUUCUAAUAAGACUAACUCAAUUAUAAGUUCCACAAGCUAUCUACACCGGAACGGCCAACUGCUGCCAAGUGCCACGUUUGAGCGUGAUAACACUAGCGGGUAGCUGCGAAAAAAAAAGAACGAAACUAAUACCUAGCGCUUCAGAAGCUCAACUUCAAUGGGAAAAAAUCGGCUCAGUGAAAAAACCGAAGCAAAAAAUAAGCGGAGAAAAAACAUGUUCCACGUCAUGCAAUGAUUUUCAUUAGAUGACGCCACAAGUGAGAACUGCAACGUGGCACUGCGACAUAAGCCGAAAGGCCAAGCGGCAAUAUAAAUCAAUGCAAUCAAAGUUCGCUCUCUCCUGAUGAUGACGCCGAUGCCCGAGAUAAUUACCUUUACAAAGUUCAAUCAGGACUUUAUAACGUCGCACGCCGCCGAGGAACAGCAAGUGGUGAGGCCAAUCGAUGUUCUCCUCCCUCCAGAGCGAGUUCCACUAACAUGUCAAAGGAAUCACUUUGCCGGUUUCUAUGAACGGUGAAUGGCAGAGCUUUGAUGGAUGCUACACAGAUUACACAAGUCCAAAUUCUAUUCACAUAAAAUGUUACAACAUCAAUCAGCUUUCCGAUUCCAAGUCAAAAAUUUUUAACAACAUCUUAAAAUAGAAAAAAAAUCCUUUUUCCUACUCAUAUUCUACUUUAGCUUUUCAAAUUUCAUAAAACGAAAUAAGAAAUCCAGUAUAUUAGACUCUUUUGCCUUGAUCUGGUUAUAACAACUGUAUGGACAUAAUUCUUCAAUAAAAAUGCAUUGCAUCAAAUUUGUAGGUUUAGAUUCAACUAUAUAUAGAGUGUUAUGCUGGCCAUAACUCAAUAUUGGACUUAUGAAUACGUGUACUAGGUAUAAACAAUAAAGAGUAGUCGAGUGACCCAGAAAAUAAAAUGAUAGAGCAUCUAAUGUUUGUCUUGUUCCGACCUGGAUAGCACCUGUAGAGGACGACAUGGGAGUUAUUUUCUACUGAGAAAAGUGAGACACAAAAACAAUUCUACAUAUCUAGCAAAUGACUCAAUUUAUAAACCAACUCUAGAAACGAAACUCAAUGUUAACCUCUUUGUUAGUUUUUUCGUCAGAAAAACGUCAGUCGGACGGGAAAAAUAAACUUCCCGAUGGAUUUACUAACAUUCCUCAAAUCUUCUUAUGAGCACAAUAAAAAUCAAACCUGGCACGUCGGGCUGCCACCUGCAUGAGCAAACAUCGCAGGAGUAGAGUUAGAUGUAAGGAGCAAAAGAAAACUGUUUUCCAUAUCUUAGUCAUUUGAUCGGCACUUUGCGGUAGAAAAUUAAGAGAGAAGAGUUUAAUAAAUCAGAUUGAUAUUAUUCGAUUGUUGGAAAAAAGAAAUGUGGCCAAUUCAUUAAUGCGAUAGCCCAUUAGACUUGGUGUUAUCGUUGGAUCUCCGAUUGGUAGGGUGUAUUCUUUUGAUGUUGGCUACUAUUACAGAAAGGACAGAAUUGGAAACAAUUAGAUUUGAAUUUCCAAGAGCUUAGCCGAACGUCGAAUGCGGAAACAAAUUGUGAUGUAUUACCUUUUACCUAUUCAACAUAACGUUUCUAUAUCUUACAAGAUUAACAACUCACAAACAAACAAAAAUUAAACCGAAAAGAUCUUAUUCAUCAAGUGUAUCAAAUCUGCUGGACUGAUUGAGAACAAUCCUUAGCAUAAGUACCAAGAGGGUCCCUUUUACCUGUUAACUGUCUGUUGAAAUGUUGAUAUGAAGCCAUUUGUAGUUAAGGCAAAUAAAUAUUUUAUUGAUAGUUGAUAAAACAUGAAAUCCUAAUCGAAUGAACAUAAGUCAAUAACGUUCGAUAUAAGCAAGCACGAAAAGAGCAAAGCCAAUCAGAAAUAAGAACACAAUGUAACUUAGAAAAAAUGUGUAUAAAGUAAAAAAAAGCAAACUCUUUCGAAGCGUCAAUACCAACAAUACAGAGCAAAUCCACCAUCGCUGCGCUAAGCACUUCAAACAAAACAAUCAAUUUUACAAAUAACAAACAUAGUUCUUGAAAUCCUAUUUUACAUUUGAUCAAAAUAAUGAUAAACAAUUUGCCCAAUUGAAGUAACAAGAAAACAAAUAAAAAAACAUAGAAUCAUACUCUGCUCUAGCAACUACUAGUUAAAUGGAACAUUAUCUAGAAGCAAGUCCAUUUUUGCUCAAUCCUACAUUCCACGGAAUGGAAUAAAAAAACAUGCCAAAGAUAGCAAGCGUAGAAUGUUAAAAAAGACACAAUAAAAUGG